CUUCCAGCACCGUGCAAUGGCUCUUGGACUCGCUUCCGUAGCGGCAGUAGCUGGAGGACUUGCGCACACCCCUAUCGCACUGCUCACACUUAUACCACUUUUAGCUGUAGGAGUCAAUUACUAUAGAUACCAAAGUGUGGAUCCGGAGACGAAUCCCACCGACCAGCAAACGCUAAGACGAUACUAUGACUUCGUCGUUAUUGGGGCCGGUUCGGCCGGAGCCGUCGUGGCAUCGCGGCUGUCCGAGAUCGGCGACUGGUCGGUGCUGCUACUCGAGGCUGGCGGUGACGAGAACGAGGUAACGGAUGUGCCCUCCCUGGCCGGUUACCUGCAGCUGACCGAGUACGAUUGGAAGUACCAGACGACGCCGUCGGCUGACCGGCGCUACUGCCAGGCAAUGAUCGGCGACCGGUGCAACUGGCCGCGCGGCAAGGUCAUGGGCGGCUCCUCCGUGCUGAAUGCGAUGGUGUAUGUGCGGGGCAACCGGCUCGACUACGACCAGUGGCAGGAGCAGGGCAACGUCGGCUGGGGCUACGAAAACGUGCUGCCGUACUUCAUCAAGUCGGAGGACAACCGGAACCCGUACAUGGCGCGCUCCCCGUACCAUGGCGUUGGCGGGUAUCUGACCGUGCAGGAGGCACCGUGGCGGACGCCACUGUCGGUCGCCUUCGUGGCGGCCGGCCAGGAGAUGGGCUACGAAAACCGGGACAUUAACGGUGCGGAACAGACGGGCUUCAUGCUGCUGCAGGCGACGAUACGGCGCGGCAGUCGGUGCAGCACCUCCAAAGCCUUCCUGCGCCCGGUGCGGCUGCGCAAGAACCUUCACAUUGCCAUGAACGCGCACGUCACGCGCAUCCUGUUCGACGAUCAGCACCGUGCGUACGGUGUCGAGUUCGUGCGUCACCAGAAGCGGCAGUACGUGUUCGCGCGCAAAGAGAUCAUACUAUCGGCCGGGGCACUCAACACGCCCCAGAUACUGAUGCUGAGCGGCGUGGGGCCAGCGGAUCAUCUGGACGAGCUAGGCAUUCCGGUCGUGUCGGAUCUGCCGGUCGGCGACAACCUGCAGGACCAUGUGGGGCUCGGCGGUCUUACGUUUCUGGUCGAUCAGCCGGUCACGGUCAAAACGUCCCGCUACAGCUCCGUCCCGGUGGCGCUGGAAUACUUCCUCAACGAGCGCGGCCCGAUGACGUUCCCGGGCAUUGAGGGGGUCGCGUUCGUGAACACCAAGUAUGCCGACCCGUCUGGCAAGUGGCCCGACAUCCAGUUCCACUUCGGUCCGAGCUCGGUCAACUCGGACGGUGGCCAGAACAUACGGAAGAUUUUGAACCUGCGCGACGGCUUCUACAACACCGUCUACAAACCGAUCCAGAAUGCGGAAACGUGGACCAUCUUGCCAUUGCUGCUGCGGCCGAAAAGUACCGGCUGGGUACGGUUGCGCUCGAAAAACCCGUUCGUGCAGCCGUCGAUCGAGCCGAACUACUUCGCGCACGAGGAGGACGUGGCCGUGCUGGUGGAGGGCAUCAAGAUCGCGAUCAACGUCUCGUACACGCAGGCCUUCCAGCGGUUCAACUCGCGCCCGCAUGCAAUACCGCUGCCCGGCUGCCGCCAUCUGCCCUUCAUGUCCGAUGCGUACUGGGCGUGUACGAUCAAGCAGUUUACCUUCACCAUCUACCAUCCGGCCGGUACGGCCAAGAUGGGACCGAGCUGGGACCCGGGCGCGGUGGUGGACCCGCGCCUGCGCGUCUACGGUGUGUCCGGAUUGCGCGUGGUCGACGCAAGCAUCAUGCCGACCAUCAUCAGCGGCAACCCGAACGCACCGGUCAUCAUGAUCGGCGAAAAGGCGGCCGACAUGAUCAAGGAGGACUGGGGCCGACUGGUCGGCUGGUAAUGUCCGCAACGCUAUGGAAGAUCCCGAAACCGGAAUCGUCCGGAAGCUGAAGGAAACUUAACUUAACUCUAGCUAGUCAAAUAAUCACACACUCGACACUCGUCGAUGCUCUGAAACAGGCAAAAGUGUGCGGCAAAAUGUGUGAGUGUUUUGUAGUUGUAUUAUAUAUCGUGAGCGUGUUUUCCACAUGGGUAGAUCCGCCCCAAACCCUCCGAGACUCGCCGUGGUCGGGGUGGGUUCGUGGUGCGUUGCAAAAACUGUGAAGUUUUUUGUUUUAGAAAAAUUUUUACAAUUUCAUUUGGAUAACCUCAACUCAACCGCGCGAUGCGCCCAGUGCAGAUGGAUAGGGUAGCAGUAGCUGUAGCAGUGGUGGUUAGUGGUAAUACAGACAACAAGUGAUCCGUUUGCUCGAUAGCCGAACGUGCCAGAUCGUGGGCAUGCGUAUGUAUGUGUGUGUGUGUGUUUGUGUUUUUCCAAAUGAAGCAUUGUUGUAGAAAUAAUAAAAAGGGUUUUGUACAGUGUGGCUUAAGGGGCAUGUAGCAGGGACAUAAAGUAAGGGUGUAGCGAAAAGAAACAAAAAAAAACUAGUAAGAAAAACAACAGCUAAGCGUCCAUAAGUGUUGAAACAGAAUAAAUCGUUCUUAUGUACAUUGAAAAACACGAAACAAUCUGAAAUGGAGCAAAAAAAAAGCGUUACCAACAAAUAAAUGGAUUUGAUAGUGAAUAAAUGAUACCGGCUCAAUUCAA